GCACAUUCACAAUGUCCAACCUUCCCGCCGUUCUCAGCCCCACCGAGGAGGAUAUCCAGCUCUUGUUGAGUGCCCAGUGCCACAUUGGUGCUAAGAACGUCAACACCCGUAUGACUCCUUAUGUCUACAAGCGUCGUGCUGAUGGUAUCAACCUGAUCAACAUUGGUAAGACCUGGGAGAAGCUCAUCUUUGCUGCCCGUAUCAUCGCUGCCAUCGAGAACCCCCAGGAUAUCGUUGUUGUCUCUGCCCGUCCCUACGGUCACCGUGCUGCCUUGAAGUUCGCCAAGUACAUUGGUGCUGAGGCCAUCGUCGGUCGUUUCACCCCCGGUACCUUCACUAACUACAACACACGUUCUUUCCGUGAGCCCCGUUUGAUCAUCUGCACUGAUCCCCGUUCCGACUUCCAGGCCAUCAAGGAAGCUUCCUACGUCAACAUCCCCGUCAUCUCCCUUGCUGACACCGACGCUUUCCUCCAGUACGUCGAUGUUGUUAUCCCCACCAACAACAAGGGUAAGCACGCUCUCGGUUUGAUCUACUACCUCCUUGCUCGCGCUGUCCUCCGUCUCCGUGGUACUCUUGACUACGGUGUCGCUUGGGAGGUUAUGGUUGAUAUGUUCUUCUUCCGUGAUCCCGAAGAGGCCGAGAAGGAGCAGGCUGCUGCUGCCCUUGCCGCUGAGUUGGAGAACACUGACUUCUCUGCCACCGCUGAGGCUGCCACUGGUGAGUGGGCCGUUGAGGGUGAGGCUGCCGAAGGUGUUGCUGGUAUUGCUGCCGCUGCCGACUGGAGCGCUUCCCGCACCACUGACUGGGCUGAUGAGGCUGUUGCCCCUGCCACCUCUUCCUGGGAGGCAUAAGUAAUGUAGUUGUAACCUUUUUGUUGCUUCUAUCUUCUAUUUAUUAAAAAUCAAAAAAAGGAAAAAAAGGAUACAUGUAAAGCAAUGUUAUCUUUCUUCUUUUCUUCCCUAGAGAUACC